AUGGCUGUUCAGAGCACCCCACCCAGUUCUUCGAUGUCGACAGCCAAGCCGGGGACGACAGAGGGAGCGGGGCCGUCGCAGCCGAGGCCAAGCACAACGAUGCCGACGAUAACGAGCAUGGCUGGGCCGCCGGAGGUUGAAUCGACGAUCCAGCGGCUCUCCGUACACCGGAACGUCCGCGGAGUGAUCAUCCUCAAUCGCGACAGCGUCCUCAUCCGCUCCUCCGGCCAGGUCUUCCAAUCCAGGGCAGUGACGGCGUCAUCGUGCUUUGUAGGUACGCUUCGGAGGCCAGGAAAAUCGUCGACGCCGUCGGGAGCUCCGUCGAUCGCAUGGAACUCGACGAUCAAUCAAGGUUUCUCAGAAUCAGGACUCAACAGCACGAAUUGCUCAUCACCCCUGGUUUGA